GCAUGCCAUCAGAAAAACAGCUCCAGCCUGGACUGAAGAUGCUAAGACUGUUCUGAUGUCUACAAAACUAUCCUUCAAAUCCUGCGGGUUUGGACGUAUUGUUCUUUUAUGUUCUUGCCAUUAGAUUUUCUUGUGAAACGUUGUUGGAUGGAGGUUUGCAUUGAGCUUUGUUUGACAGAGCGAUUGUUAGGAUAGAAAGGCAGGAAUCGGAGGAAGCAAAGCGCAAGAAAGAAAUCAAGGACUCUACUAGUAAGUCGGCAACAACAGAGCAAUGUGUGCCGCCGUCCUGUCUGCCAGUCCAGUCACUUCUGUCGUGAUGCCCCCAACAUUAGCUCCUCAAAUGAAGCCCGCGCUUGCUACUAAGCUGGCAACACCUCCAGCCCGAGUACCGACCCCAGUGUUGGCAGCUGCCUGCUCUAAAGCUCUUCACAAGCUGACUCUGUCACGACUCAUGGCGGGAUUCUUUUGGACGGGGGAUAAUUCUGUGUACGGAUCCAAAUGGAAGCUGGGCUUAUUUGUGGAGAAAUGCAUGAGCUCCAUGCAGACGGGCACUCAGAUGGUGAAACUGCGUGGAGGAUCCAAAGGCCUGGUGCGCUUUUUCUACUUGGACGAGCACAAGUCCUGCAUCCGCUGGCGGCCCUCUAGGAAGAAUGAGAAAGCCAAAAUCGCAAUCGACUCCAUUCGGGAGGUGUGUGAGGGGAAGCAGUCGGAGAUCUUCCAGCGGUAUGCCGACGGUAGCUUUGAUCCCAACUGCUGCUUCAGCAUCUACUAUGGCGAGCACAUGGAGUCCCUUGACCUGGUGUCAGGAACAGGAGAAGAAGCUCGCACCUGGAUUACUGGCCUUAAGUACCUUGUGGCCGGCAUCAGCGAUGAAGACAGUCUGGCCAAACGGCAACGGACUCGUGAUCAAUGGCUGAAGCAGACCUUCACAGAGGCCGAUAAGAACGGAGACGGCUGCCUGAGCAUCAGUGAAGUCCUACAGCUCCUGCACAAGCUCAAUGUCAACCUGCCCAGACAGAAAGUCAAACAGAUGUUUAAGGAGGCAGACACUGAUGACAACCAGGGCACUUUGGGAUUUGAGGAGUUCUGCUCUUUCUAUAAGAUGAUGUCAACGCGGCGCGAUCUGUACCUGCUGAUGCUCACCUACAGCAACCAUAAAGACCACCUGGACACAGAUGACCUCAAACGCUUCCUCGAGACUGAACAAAAGAUGACAAAUGUCUCAAAGGAGCACUGCGUCGAAAUUGUGUCCAAGUUUGAGCCUUGUCCUGAUAACCAGACACUGUGUGUCCUGGGUAUUGACGGUUUUACGAAUUACAUGCGCAGUCCUGCUGGGGACAUCUUCAACCCUGAGCAUUACGAGGUGAACCAGGACAUGACGCAUCCCCUCAGUAACUACUUCAUCGCUUCCUCCCACAACACCUACCUGAUGGGCGACCAGCUCAUGUCCCAGUCUCGGGUGGAUAUGUACGCCUGGGUGCUGCAGGCCGGCUGCAGAUGUGUGGAAGUGGAUUGCUGGGAUGGACAGGAUGGUGAACCAAUCGUACAUCAUGGCUACACCCUGACUUCCAAAAUCCUCUUUAAAGAUGUUAUCGAGACCAUCAACAAAUAUGCAUUCAUCAAAAACCAUGAAGGACAGUCACUUCUAGCCCACAGUCACAAUGUCUUUGUAAAAUCCCAUUCACUGAGCCUGAAGACAGCGCUGUUGAGGUCCAGGGAGUGUGUGAACGUGUCACACAAGAUGGCUCAGUAUCUGACUGAAGUGUUGGGUGAUAAACUGGACACGUCCUCCAUCCCUGCCGACCCGUCUGGACUUCUGCCUUCACCUGAAGCCCUAAAAGGCAAAAUACUCAUCAAGGGUAAAAAACUGCCCCCAAAUAUAGACGAGGAUGCAGAGGAGGGGGACGUGUCUGAUGAAGACAGUGCUGAUGAGAUGGAGGACGACUGUAAGCUGAUGAAUGGAGAUACAUCUAUGAACAGGAAGCAGGCGGAAAAUGUUGCCAAGAAAAAAUUAGAUAACCUCAUGAAGGAGUCAAAGAUUCGUGACCGGGAAGAUCCGGACAGUUUUACCAUCGCAGCCCUGCCGCCGGCGGGAAAACAUGACAAAUCACUGCUGAAGGGAAAAGCAGAAGACAGCACUGACACUGGAGACGAGGGCAAUAUUGGUGGCAACAAACGUCUGGCUAGAUCUUUCAUGGGGAACUUCUCCAAACGCAAGAAAAAGACAAGUAAACUGAGGAAGUCCUCCAGUUUUGAGGACACGGACACGGAUCAGGAGAGCUCGAGCGGGGCGUCUAAAGCACCAGUGCAUCACAGCAGAAAGAAAAAAACAAUGAAGUUGUCAAGAGCACUUUCUGAUCUGGUAUACACGAAAUCUGUGGGCACACCAGACUUUGAUGCACAAGUGGGCAGCAGCGGUUGGCAGGUGUCAUCGAUGAGCGAGACCAAAGCCCAUCAGUUAAUGCAGCAGAAGCCGGUGCAGUUCAUGCGAUUCAACCAGCACCAGCUCUCGCGUAUCUACCCCUCCCCGUACCGCGUGGACUCCAGCAACUUCAACCCACAGCCCUUCUGGAGCGCCGGCUGCCAUCUGGUGGCUUUGAACUACCAGACAGAGGGCAGAGUGCUGCAGCUCAACAGAGCCAAAUUUUAUUGCAACGGCAACUGUGGUUACAUCCUGAAACCUGCCUGUAUGUGUGAAGGUUCCUUUAAUCCAGUGGCCGAGGAUCCUUUACCAGGUCGGUUGAAAAAACAAUUGGUUCUUAAGAUCAUCAGUGGCCAGCAAUUACCCAAGCCUAAAGACUCCAUGCUGGGUGACCGAGGAGAGAUAAUUGACCCAUUUGUGGAAGUGGAAAUUAUCGGUCUACCAGUGGAUUGCUGCAAAGAGCAAACCAGGGUGGUUGAUGACAAUGGAUUCAAUCCUAUGUGGGAGGAAACGCUCGUCUUCACUCUUCACAUGCCAGAGAUUGCUCUUAUACGCUUCCUGGUUUGGGAUCAUGACCCAAUUGGCCAAGAUUUUAUUGGCCAGAGGACCAUUGCCUUUAACAGCAUGAUUCCUGGCUACCGGCAUGUGUAUUUGGAAGGCAUGGAGGAAGCUUCCAUCUUUGUUCAUGUUGCAGUGAAUGACAUCACCAGUAAGGUUCGAGCAGUCAGUGGUAUAAAAGGACUCUUUCACAGAAACCCAAAGCAGGCAUCUCUCGACAGCCAUGCUGCUGCUCUGCUCAACCGUAAGAGCACCUUCGGUGCUCACCUCCUGCGCCGCACAGCCAGCGCCCCUACCAAGGGCCAACCCAAAGUCAAGAGGGGCUUCCCCGAGAUCGCCAUUGACACAAAAGAUUGCAGCUCGGAGGGCGCCAGUGAGGAGCAGGGAUUGGAAGAGGGGCCACCUGUCCACCACAACGGAGAUACUGCAUCUGCAAAAUCAUGGGGUCAAGGCACCAACGGGCAGCUUCACCCUGACGACAGUAAAGAAAAUUAUGAAGUGCAAAGUCUAACUCCAUCCCUGAACACCUUAUGUCUGGAAUCCAUUACUGAGGAAUUUCAGGAGAGCAGUCCUUUGACCUCCACACAAAAUCUCAUGGAUACCUCACCACAUUGUCCCUCCACUACAUUGUCUUCACCAUCCACAGCAAUAACAGCAUCUUCCAAUGGGGAAAAUCCCAGCCCUUUGAAAAAUAAUGAGGACAUUGUGAAAUCAUUUGCACUAACUCAGAGUAUCGGUUCAUAUAGCACCAGUGGCAAGGAUUCCGAGAUCAGCCACAUCAACUCUCCACUUUCCACAAAUUACCUUGACAUUGGAUGUGUUACGCCCCCCUUGCCAGACCAAGAAGAUGGCGAGGUUGUGCAAAAAGCAGUCAUUCACCCCAACAUUGCUGAAAUAAAAACAGCACAGACUCCAGAGAUAGAUGUUGUAAAGGAAAGAACCGCCAUUCAGAGCUCUCAAAGGAUUCAGCCGUUGAAGGGGGUGUUUGACAGAGACAUUGGACGAAGCAUGCAAACUGGACUGAGGAUCCCUGUCAGAAGGACCAAAAGUGAAGGAAAAAUGAAGGCAGUGAAAAAAGCAGACAGCCAAUCAGUGGUCCCCGAAGUCUCUAUUGACACCACUUUAAACGACAGGCUUUGGAGCAAACUCGACCCCAGCAGCUAUCGGGAUAGUGUGUCAUCGUCUUCCAGCAUUUCGUCCAAUGACACUGUGAUUGAUUUGUCCUUGCCCAACCUUUCCAGGAAGAGCCUUACCUGUCUUAGUGCAGCCCGGGACUACUCCGACAACCAAGUAUCGCUGGCCAACAGGACCAGCCAGCCUCGGUCGGCGAUUGCAGCAUGCAACGUCUCGCGCGUCAGCAAGAGCAAGUCCAACCCCAACCUGCGGGAUGGUGAGAUGUGCGAGCCAGAGGACGAGUUCCAGCCCAGGCCUCUGGUGGCAGAGAAAGACCCCAUCCGGCCCAUGCAGAGGCGCCACACAUGGAGCAGGUUGUACAUGGAGGGUUUAAAGCAGUCAUCCAUGCUCGCUGCUUCUGCUGGCUCCAGAAGGUCAACCACCCCCUCGGCAAAAGACAUGGACAGCUGCUCGAAAUCCAAGAGCCUUGGAGAUCUCACUUCAGACGACAUCACCUGUAAUUUUGAGAGCAAGUAUCGAAGCAUUAGCCGCAGUUUCAUUGUGAGGCCAAGCCGCCAACAAGGGAAAACUCUUAGAAAGCCCCAGAAUGACCUAACGGAGCAGCUCAAGAGGCUCACCGAUGUGGAACCCCUCACUAGCAAAGACUUUGCUCAGUGCAGGCAUGAUUCUGAAGCGGGACAGGAAGAGGAGGAGACACCCCCUUUGCGGAGGAGUUCCUCACGGAGUCAGAGCCGGGUGAGAUACAUCGCUAACCGAGCCAGGCAGGCCCAAGAGAGGCAGCAGCUACAAAGCCUGACUAGUAUGUCUGGGAGCCCCAUUGAAGAGCGUGGCAAUCCUGAAGGAGCUUGUAGUGUACCCCACAGUCCCUGUGCUAGCUUGGAUCUUUUGAGCCAACUUCCACCAGGACCGCCCCAACAAAAUCCCCUGAGCCCGGACAACGAGGUCUUCUUCAUGCUCAGGCUGUAAAGGGGCAAGAAUGUGUUGAAUUCUUUUUGUGGGGAGUGAACGAACACAAGGUGGCCAACCUCCACCUGUCAUUCAUUAAGAUAUUCCAAUGGACAUGUUGAGCAGGUUAAACAUGUAUUAUCUGCACCUACUGUACUACACCUUCCAUUUUGGAUUGACAAAAGAAGUUGAAAAGCACACUUUUUUAUGUCCAUUGCUGACCUACUCCCCACCCUGAAUAAUGAGCCGUUAAAGGGAUGAGAUGCUAAGCUUUAAACUUUAAAUUGGAUGCAACAGUUUGCUAGUUUGUACAAAUUAUUUGUAAAUGUGCAUGCAUGUGUUUAAAAAAAAGCCAAAGGUGCAAAACCAGAGGAUUUUUAAAUGGUGUAUAAAAAUAUACAACGUUGCAUAUAGAAAUGAUUACAAACAUUCUAAAAUUAGAUUAUGCCUGUGGCAUUUGUGGUACUGUAAUAUUUUUUGUUUUUUUUAAGAUGCAGCCUAGUGCAGCAAUAGAUAAAAAUGUAAGCACUACUGAUUCACCACAAUGAUUCCCUGCAUUCAAAAGUUUAUUAGUCUGCAGCCGAAAUACAAAUGCAUUUGUUUGUGUUGUUAAUGGUAUAAUAACAAAUUUUGUAACCAAGCAUGGGAUGUAUUUGUCACAAUAAUUUAUUUUCCCUUGAAACUAUUUUUAAAAUAGUUUUAGAUAUAGUAAUAUUACUGACUGCUAUAUUCUGUUGUUUUAGUUUUUAAUGUAGUAAAAUUAUAACUUACAGUGUGUUCUUUAGUUCAGUUAGUUACUAAUGAAGUGUAGCUCUAAAAAUACGGUAAUUCAUAUAAAAAUUGCAUAUCUUCACUUUAUGUACAGUAGUUUACCUUUUGAAAUUUUAUUGUAUGUCACUUGAUUGUAUUAUUUCUCCUAUGGUCUACUGUAUUUUUAUGCUUCAAAGAUUUUAUGAUUUAAAAAUGUACAGUCUAUUAGAGUCUAGGUAUGCAGUUAUGUAGAUGCUAUUCAAUGUCAUUGUCCUAAGUACACUAAUACCUUUUAUUACUUUUUUAAAGAAUGCUACUCAGUGACAGGGGAAUACAUUUUUA